AUGCUACUUUAUGUCAAGUACCCCGACUCGCAGCUGCCGCAGCUGUUCAACACGACGCUGCUGGUGCCGACGAACAAGGCGGUGUACGGCGUGGGGAUCAAGACGCUGCAGAACACAACGGCCAUGGAGGCCAUCGGCAAGUUCAACGUGCUGCAGCGCCAGUUCACCGCCGCGCAGCUACUCAACCUCAAGCCCAACACGCCGCUGCGCACCAAGGCGCCACCCACCGACCUGCUGCAGCGCUACCCCUCCGUGGGCGCUAAUGCUGGCAAGGCCGUGCUGGGCCCGCGCAAUGCCACUGCUGCCGUGCAGGGGGUGGUGCUCUUUCCCGAUCUCUACUCGGGCAAGUUCCUCAAGGCGCAUGGCCUCUCCGUGUUCUUCCGCCCCAAGGGCUACUGA